CCGGAAGUGAUGUUCCGUAACCUGGAUAACCCGCAGCCCCAGUGAGUGCGCAUGCGCAGUGUGGGCUCCGGGCCGGGUGUGUCGGUCCCGCCGUCUCACGGUCCUGGUUUCCGGUCAGGAUGUCGGACGCCACAGUGGCGGAUACUCGCCGGCUAAACUCCAAGCCGCAGGACCUGACUGAUGCUUACGGGCCGCCCAGCAACUUCCUGGAGAUCGACAUCUUCAACCCCCAGACGGUGGGAGUGGGACGGAACCGGUACACUGUGUACGAGGUCCGCAUGCGGGUGAGAUAUGUCGGAGAUCCACCCAUGCCGGGUGUCAGUGUGGCCAUGCAGGGAGCCUGAUACACUGAGCCUGGAGAAAUGAGCACACUGUCCCUUUAAUUACUCACAUUCACAUGUCUGUCUGUCUGUCUGUCUGUAUUAAUAAUACUCUGGCUAUAUCUCCCCAUGUUACAGAUGGCAUGGAUUUUAAUAUUGGAUUAACAUGUAUAUUUUCUGUCCCCCUGCUAACAUGUGAUCUUUGCCUUGCUACAUGAUGGCUGACCUUUGAACCCCCAGCUGAUGUGCACCAAGUUGCCCAUUGUGCCUGCAAAGACUUAUGGGAAAUGGAGUACACAGAAAUUUGGAGUGCAAUGAGAUGGCUGUCAGUGCUGCAGUUGAUAAGGAUGGGGUUGUGUUAGUUGUCAGUGAUUAUAGGGAUGGGAUGAGCAGGAACGUGACUAGUUUCCUUUAGUCUAAAUGACAAUAGCUGGAGCUGUUAUUUAAAAGGUGGGCAAGAAGAUGUACAGCACUGCAGAAUUUGUUGGCGCUAUCUAAAUAAUAAUCAUGUAAGAAACUCCUGUGACAUUGCUGUUUGGUCUACACAGCAGCCUCUUGUCAUAUUGGUACAUUACAGCGUAAAUCACCUAAAAUGUUUUUUGUUCUUCUAGGAAUAUUACUGAAAAUGGUUGUCACAUUUCCUAUUUUCUACCACAGAAGAAUUACUUUGUGACGUUUACACGCGACCAUUUACCUCAAACUAAUACCACUUCCGAUAUUACUGGUUUAGGUGAUGCAAGUCUGAUCUAUAAAAUCCUUAGUGUUUGAUCCUUAGCUAUUACAUCAUUGUCUGUGUGCGCCUAGUUGGCCAUAUACAAAUAUGAGCCCUUUGUGAGAUGAGAUCACAAUAAUUGUUCCUGCUAAUGCCUCUUUUGUAGACUCAACCACUUAAGCAGAUGAGAAAUUCUGUAUCAAUCCUGUUGCAAAAAUAACCCUAAAGAACAUUUAUUGUAGGGAAAGAUUUUAUGUUCAUGAUCCAGUUUAUUUUGUUGACUUGAUAAAACUUGCAAGUUAUGAUGUUCUCACAUCAAUUUUUUUUUUUUUUUUUUCCUCUGCUUACUGGCUUGUAUCUUUUGCUGCUGUUUUAAAGUACUCCCAUAAAGAUGUUUCUGUAAAGGUUAUUUAAUUGGGUACACAUUUGGGGUUUAAAUGUUAAACAGCAUCUCUUCACUAAGUACCAUAUUUCAUUUUGCGAAUUCAGCUGGUUGUAUUCGCCUCAAUGCUUCUCUGUUUGAUUGUUAGAGGGACACUCUAAGCACCAAAGUACUACAUCUUAAUUUAAAGGAAAGAUGAGGGAAGAAGAGCAUUUCUAUAAGAAGGGAAAAAAACCUAACCGCACAACAUUUAUGUGGGAUAAACGGACAACUCCAAACUUAUUCAGGCUUAAAGGGACACUCCAGGCACCCAGACCACUUCUGCCAAUUGGAGUGGUCUGGGUGCCAACUCCCAUCACCCAUCACCCAUAACCCUGCAAGUGUAAUUAUUGCAGUUUUCAUAAACUGCAAUAUUUACUUUGCAGGGUUAAGUCCUCCUCUAGUGGCAGCCAGUAGAGGACACUUCCAUGUUCAUAGAACAUGAAACGUGUGUUAUAACGACGUUGGACGUCCUCACGCUACGUGAGGACCACCAGCGUUGCCGAAAUACCCAUAGGAAAGCAUGUGCAUUAGGUCUUCCCCCGCCGCCGGCCGCGCAUGCUCUAUAGGUCUCCCCCGCCGGGGAACAUCGGUUUUAACCCCUACAGCAACCUGGGGUGGGAGGGAGAGGGGAACUGCAGUGCCGGGAAAACGGUUUGUUUUCCUGGCACUGGAGAGUCGCUUUAAAGCUGCCCAUCCGGUUUAUGUUGUUUCAUAAAGGUGUUCUGUGAUUUAUCACUUUACUGGUCUGCAAAUGGCUUAGGAAGCUGCUAGCAUUCCUGUUGAGCGGUCCUUUUAUUCCUGACAGAAUUUGAAGUCCUGCUUUUUCAAACGACUUUCUAAUCAUGGAGGUAAGCAACCUUAUUGAUGAUGUGGAUGCUGCUUAAUGGAACACGACAGUGUUAGGAAUACAGAAUGUCUAUACCUAAUUCUAUAGUGCCCUGGUGGCCAUUUAGGUUCCCCCACUUGCAGGGAAAAUAAAAAAUUGAGAUCAAUGAUCUCAGCUAUUCUAAUACUUUCUCGUAGGAAGCAUUGGGGGCUAUCUGCACCAAUCAAAUACUCUCUCUAAGAGAUGAGCAAUCACUUUGGCAUGAAAUGUGGAACUAAUUUCAAAUUUGCUCUAUCUGGGAGACAGAGUGAAUAGCCUCUUAACCUAAAGGGAUUCUAUAGUGUUGGGAAUACAGAUUUGUAUUCUUAACACUAUAGUGUCCUCUGGUCCCCCUCCCUCAUGGCACAUGAAGGGUUAAAAACACUUUAUUCACUUUCCCGAUUCCAGCACUGAUUCCUUGGCGAUUUGUUGGCACUCUGCCUCCUAAAACACCAUCUGACAGGUGGACCUAAUGCCCAUGUGCGUUGAGCACUGCAAGUGCAUUAGGCCCUCCCCAUAGAGAAGCAUUGCCUCAAUUCUUUUCUUUGGGGAUUUCACGGACACUAGAUGUCCUUAUGAAGAGUGUGAGAAUGCCAAAUGUUGUUUAAGGGACUCUGAGUCCUCUAGAAUCUUGGAAGCACCUCUAAUGGCUGUCUGAUAGACAUCCACUGGAGGCAAUCUUAGUUCUGCAAAGUAAUAACUGCAGUUUUUUUUUUUAAAAACGACAUUGAUUUACAUUGCAGGACUAAGUGAUACAUGGACACUGCACACAGACCACUUCAAUGAGAUGAAGUGGUCUGGGUGCCUAUAGCAGUACUCUGCAGAUCCCAGGCCGGUUAUCUGAGACGGCGAUGGAGCGUGCAGCCGGCAGAUGGAAAGCAGCGGUGGCUGGCCACAUGUGGGAGAGUGGAGGCGACGAGCUGUGCAGAACAGAGACGGCAAGGGAGCUGUCAACUCCCUGCUCUCUUCCCUCGUGCACCCUGCAGUGAUCCCUGGAGAUAGAAUGUCACUCUGGCGCUGGCAUUACUAAACUGUGUGGGACAGGGAGCAGAGCAGGAAGAUGACAGCAGCCCCACUGGAGCACAGGGAAGGGUUUAAAUUAAAAAAUAUAAUUUGAGUGUGUGUUUAGAUGACUGGCCCCCCUCUGAUCACAUGGGAAAGGUUAUUUUACUCACCUUUUUUUUUUUCCCACGCCAUGCUGAUCUUGCCGUGGCAGGCCCCACCUCAGUGGUUGAGAUGAUAAAUCUUGAUGAUCUCAGCCAAGCCAAUGCUUUCCCAUAAGAAAGCUUUGGGAGGCUAUUGCGCAUGUGCUAAUCAGCAUCUCCUCAUAGAGAUGCAUUGAAUCAAUGCAUCUUUAAGGGAAACAGUGUAUCCAUGCAGAGCAUGUUGACGCUGAAUGUCAUUGCUACCCACUGCAGCACUGAAAUAGGAAUCGCAUCUAGUGGCUGUCUGAGCGACUGUCACUAGAGGUGUUACUUGGCAGCAAUGUAUACUGAUAUUUGAAAGCCUGCAAGGACAGGCUAUAGAUACCAGAACCUCUACAUUCAUCUGCAGUGGCUCUGGUGACUUUAGUGUUCCUUUUAAGAAUUUUAUUAUUGUAGCUGAAAAGGCAGCUUUGUUAGUUAAAAAUACCUGACUCCUAACUUUUUUUUUGCUGGUUUCUAGAUUCCAAGGAAACCUGUCAAUCCCUGGCCUAUAGUGUCCCUUUAAAGUGUACCUCUGAAGCUUUAAUAGCGUUUAGAAAUUCCGAUUUUUAACCAAAGCACCAGAAUGGAGUAUAACUUGAAAUAGAUUUUUUUUUUUUUUAUCCCCAUUAUCAUUGUAGGCAUAUCUUCGGCUGUAACAUAAGACUUUAUUGGAGGUCUGAUCAAAGAGCUCCUUUCAUGAAUCUUUUGAUUACUGGAUCUAUCCAUGGAAUAUUGGUUAUAUUAGAAAAGGCUGAUGCUUGAACUUUUAGAUAAGUAUUGGAAAAUAUUAAAGGAUCAUUCCACUGCCCAAAAGCACUUCAGUUUAUAAAAAAUCUGAUUUCUGUGAGAAAUCAUCAGUUUUUUUUUUUUAAAUUAACUAGGGAACUCCCCCCCUGGCUGUCAAACAGCCAGGCAGGCACACUCUCUACUUGACCUCAGACCAGCUCCUCAGCUAUGCGCUGUACUCCCAAUGUAUACAUACAUAAAAAUAUGCAUGUAUUCAUUGGGGGUAUAUCUACUAAACUUCUGCUGCAUAAUUUAUGCUAAAUAAUUAACAGGUAGGAGAAAUACUUACAUAUGCUAGCAAUGUGUAGAUAGCAUAAUUUGUACCUGGCAUGACAUGUACAGUUUAAAGUCCAACUUUAACAUCAAAACUGCACUACAUAGCUGGUUUCUGGUCACUGAUCCUUCUGGAUCAUAGCCCAUGCUUUGCUUUAAACAAAUAACAUUUCUAAAGCUAUUUGCAAAAAUGGAGUAUGAAUUUUAAAACACAAUGCCUGUCUGUGCUCAUUUGCUGUCAAACUGGGAACAGUUUCUUGAGUUUUUGUGCCAAUGGAGGACUUUCCAAAGUCCAACUUCAGAUAUUCAAGUGAUGCAUAACAGUAGUUUUCUAUUUGCACUGUGUGGAGUUUUGUUUGGUUUCACCACAAUUGUUUUGGCACCUAGAUGUGUGUGUAUGUAUGUGUAUAUGUAUUUUUGUGUGUGUGUGUGCAUUUUAUGUAUGUGACGCAUUUGGCUAAUUAAAAAAAAAAAAAAAAAAGUGGCUAUUGAAUGUAUUUUAGAUCAAGAUUGUUCAUGAAAAUAUCAGUGGUUCAUUGUAUUCACAAACAAUCAAAUGUUAAUCAGAUUUAGCCUAAUGGAUCCUUGCUAUUUUCAGAUUGAUCUAAUUUCUGCAGAGAGAUUCGUAUGAAAAUAGCUCAGCAAAAUAACACCAGAGUCUCCAUAUUAUAGUUGGGAGAAAACAAAUCUGCCACUUAAAAGGACACUAUGGUGUCAGGAAUACAAACAUGAUCGCUCUCGUAAGGGGAUUUUACUCACUUUUCCCCCCCCCUCAAUGUGGUUGGCACCGCCUGGUACCAGCUCUGGCCUCAGCCAAUCCAAUCCUUUCCCAUAGGAAAGCAUUGGGAGGGUAUUGUCCAUACGCAGCAGAACGCUGCCCCAAUCAUCGAGUCAAUGAAUCUCUAUGGUGAACGUUCAGCACCUCCAUGCAUGAUGUGUAGAGCCUGAACGUCGGUGCUAAAUCUGUGCAGCACUGGAAUAGGAAGCACCUCUAGUGGUGUUACUCAAAAGUUAUUACUAGGCAGCAAUAUAAACACUGGCUUUUAUCUGAAAAGGUUGUAGUUCGUCUUGUGACUAUAGUGUCCCUUUAAUGGGACACUAUAGUCACCAGAACAACUACUGCUUAUUGAAUUUGUUCUGGUGAGUAGAAUCAUUACCUUCAGUGUUUACAUUACAGCCUAGUGAUAACUUCACUGGCCACUUCUCAGAUGGCUGUUAGAGAUCCUUCCUGGGUCAUGGCUGCCUAAAAUGCAUCAAAACAUUCAGUGUCUCCACCCUCUGCAUGCCGACACUGAACUUUCAUCAUAGAGACUCAUUGGUUCAAUUCAUCUCUAUGAGGAGAUGCUGAUUUGCCAGGGCUGUGUUUGAAUUGUGCUCGCUCUGCCUCUGAUCUGUCUUUGUCCGUCUUAGCCAAUCCUGUGGGGAAGCAUUGUAAUUGGAUCAAGCUACCACUUCUGCUGAUGGCAGUGGGCAGGUCUAAAGGAAACAGGCACAAAGCAAGCAGAUCCAGACUUGCAUACAAGUAAGAUUUAGUAUAUUUAGGGAGGCAUGAGGGGGACCAGGAUGGCUAGAUGGUGGUUUUAACCCUAUAAGGUCAGGAAUACAUGUUUGUGUUCCUGACCCUGUAGUACUCCUUUAAAGGGACACUCCAGGCACCCAGACCACUUCUGCCCAUUGGAGUGGUCUGGGUGCCAACUCCCACUACUCUUAACCCUGCAAGUGUAAUUAUUGCAGUUUUUUAACUCCACCUCUAGUGGCUGUCUACUAGACAUUGCCGCGCAUGUGCAUUAGGUCUCCCCGGCCCGUGGGCGGGAUCAGUAUCGCUCACUGGCCGACGCAAUGCAGAGGAGGAGGAGGAGGAGCGGUGGCGGAGGAGGAAGCAGCGACGAGGGACAUUGUCGCUGCCUCAGGUAAGUUACUGAGGAGGUUUUCACACUUUUUUUUUUUUUUUUUUUAAAUCUGUUUUUAUUGAGUUAUAUAGAGAGAGAACAGCUUAAUUCAAUGCAGUCAUAAACAGGUGAAGGUCACGCACGACCUGUUUGUACCUACUAUAGUGUAGUCAGGUUUACAUAAAGUAUAACAAUCAAUUAUCUAUAGUGAUCAGUAAUCUUCCUAUUUCAAAGCGGUAUGAACAAACAUAACUCAGCAACUAUAAAGUAACUUUUGCAGAUCUCUCUCCGUUUCAUCUCAGUGUUCAUGUAUGUAUCACAGGGGUCUCAUCACGGGCUCUCCAUAUCUUGCGUGUUGCUUAUCGUUAGAAGCAUGACUGCCCGUGUGGUCUGUCAGUUGGUGUGUAGUAAUGGUGAUGGAUAAGUGCUAUUUCGAUUACUCUCAGGUCAGGAAACCUUAUACCUCCAUGCGAUAUCUGUGGUAUGGUUCAAGGUUUCAUCAGUCUGAGCUACCUUGACACACUGUGUGCCAUAUGGUUGUGUACACCCUUGUCUCGUCUAGUGGUGUAUCUAUGAGGUGCGGUUGAAGUAAUAGCUUUUUGGUGUGUUCUCUCCACCUCGCCCCAAUUAGGCUAGACCAGGAUGAGAGUGUGUCGCUUUAGUGUGAUUGUAUUUGAUCUGGCUGUGUAUGCGUGCAAAGAGAAAAGAAUGUGAACUGUAGGUAGGUUAGGAGGGAGAAGAGGAGAAGAGCUCCAUCAUGUCUCCAUUUCCGCGUGAUAUGCGGCGAGGCACGGUAGCACUCCAGCGUUUUUUGGAGUCAGUAAGUCAAAGCAUAGGAAAAGAGUGGGUCUUGCCCCGUGGGACCGACAUCUCCCCGCUGGCCCCCCCGUCCCGUUCUACCCUACUAGUCCCGAGACACAAAUGCAAACCAUGGUUGCCACAUCUCUGCAUGUUUGUCACCUCUGCCUCCGCCCCUGAAUGUCCUCCACCCUGCAGAUCAAUUCUUCCGCUCUAGGUGUCUCUGACUUUUUCCAAUAUAUAGGUAUCAGAGCUUUGGCUGCAUUGAGUAAGUGGCGUAGGAUCGACAUCUUAUAUCCUGCAAUCGACGUCUGUGAGACAUGUAGGAGUGCUAGGGCUGCUGUCCAUUCAGGGAGUUCUCCCAGGACUUCAGUUAUGUUUUGUCUUAUCAUUUCCCAUUGUGGAACAAGUGAGCUGCAUUUCCACCAGAUGUGUAUCAUCGUGCCUCUCUCCGCUUGGCACCUCCAACAUGUAGGGGGCGUUGACGGGAAGAUCUUGUGUAGCAGCGUCGGGGUCCGAUACCAGAGUGCAAUGAUUUUAUAGUUUGUUUCUUGGUAAGAUGAGCUGAUGGUACUUUUGUGUUGCCAAAAGAAAGCACCUUCCCAUUGUGAGGGUGUAAAGGUGGUAUCCAGCAUCGUCUCCCAUUGCUUGCGAAAGGUAUUAUUUUCUGUGAGGUGUCCAACCAGGAGAUGUUGGUAAAGCUUGGAUAUCGCUUUUUCUGUAGAGGAGCCCUUUUCACAUUGUGCUUCGAACCAUGUUAGGUCUCUAUGCAGGUUAUCUUUAUUGCACAUGCUAUCGUAAAAGGUCUUCACCUGCAUAUAUCGGAGCACUGCCAGAGGGCUCUGGGGUGUGCCACCUAACAAGGAGUCCAGGGUCCGCAUGCUGCCAUUCUGUAGUACCCUGGAAAUGAGGACAUGUUCACGUCCCCCUCCAAAGGGCCACAUUGUCAAUGUGAGUCCCCCCCUAUCGCGCCUUUGUAAGUGACAGACAGCAGUGGACUCGGUGUAGGCAAAAUAUGUUGUUGUUCCCUCACGAGUCUCCAGCUGGUGAGUGUUUGUGCCAUCAAUCCAUCCCCACCUCCAUCGUUAUUCGUCUUUGCAUGUUUCCCCCACACAGCGGCCUGUAGGUGGGCCCCUUGUCCAUCUUGUGCCAAGGCCACCCAUUGUUUUUGUUGUGGGUCUGCAUGCCAUUCCAGGAUGCGUUGAAGGACAGUGGCUUGAUGGUACCGUUUAAAAUCGGGUAGUGCCAGACCUCCUCGAUGUCGUGGCAAACAUAGUAGUUUAAGUCGGAGCCUUGAUCGUUCACCCCUCCAAACGUAGCGAUUGACCUCCGAUUUUAAUGUGGCGAAGAAGGGUGCCGGUAUGGCCAGCGGGAUCGUCUGGAACAGAUAUAGGAGUCUGCGUAGAAAGUUAAUUUUAAGAACUGCAAUCCUUCCAUGGCAUGAGACAUGCGGGUAUGCCCAUUUGUUCAGGUCUGCCAAUAGUGUCUUCAGUAGUGGGGCAAAGUUUUUUUGUGAAUGCAAAUCGUUCGGGUCCUGUUAUCCAGAUCCUGAGUUACUUCGUUUUACAGGAGCACCAUCGGAAGGGAAACAGAGGUUCCAAUGCCGCGUAUUCUUCCUCUGGGAGAGUGACGUUGAGCACCUCACAUUUGGUCAGGUUAAGUUUAAAACCCGAUAUCCUCCCGAAUUGCUCAGCUACCCCUAGCAGGCAGGGCAUUGUGGUUCUGGGGUUGGUGACAAAGAACAAGAGAUCAUCCGUGUAUGCGACCACGUUAUGUUCCACUCCCUGCCAGGAGAAACCCCGAACGUCCGGGUGUUGUCUGUACUAGUGGUUCCAGGGACAUGGCAAACAGCAGUGGCGACAGGGGGCAGCCCUGUCUCGUGCCGUUGGAGAUCUCAAAGUCAGCAGUGAGUGCUCCAUUUACCCUCACCGCGGCCCAUGGUUUAUUAUACAGCGCGCGGAUCCAUGUGAGGAGCCUGAGCCCCAUCCCCAUCCCCAUUUUGCCUAGAGUAGCUAGCCAUUUCACCCGGUAGAAGGCCUUUUCGGCGUCUGUGGAGAGUAGGAGGAGUUAUUGUCAUGUUUUCCUCGCUCUGUGUUGUAUCGCAAAUAGCUGCAUGGUACUAUCUCGUGCUUCCCGUCCGGGUAUAAUCCCCGUUUUGAUCCGUGUGUAUCAGUGAUGGCAAGGCCCUUUGGAGCCUAGUCGCCAGGACUUUGGUGAACAAUUUAGUGUCCAUGUUCAGCAGAGGUAUUGGACGACAGCUGCUACAUGCUAUUGGGUCUUUCUCUGGCUUUGGCAGAACAGUUAUUAUGGCUGCCAGAGAUUCCUUCCCGAAGGUCCCCCCCCCCCCUUGGCGACUGCAUUAUUGGCUUUUGUCAACCAUUGCAACAGUAUUGAUGGAAAAAGUUUUGGAGGAGAAGCCAUCGGGGCCUGGGGCUUUUCCCGUUUUAGUCGAUUUCAGGGCCGCCUAAAGGUCUUCCGUGGUAAUCAUGGCGCCCAGUUCCUCUGCCACGCCUGGACGUAUUGCUUUCGUCACGGCGUCUCUUAAGUAUUCCUGAACUCUGGUAUAUUCGGUGUCCAUUUCAUCCCGUCUGUCCCGCUCAUGUAUAUUGUAGAGCGAUUGGUAGUAUUAUUUUGUCCGGAAAGGCCAUCAUGGCGCCUGAUGAGAGGCGCAGAUUGCGAACCUGUGUGCGAAGGGCAUUACCUUUCAGGAGCCGUGCUAGGUAUCUGCCCCCUUUAUUUGGAUGCGCGUAGAAGAACCCUUUUGGAGUGCAAGGUUCGUAGAUGGCGUUUUGUGAGGAGGUCUCUCGGCGUUUGGCUUGCAUUAGUUCUCCGUACGUCUCCAUCAGUUGGGAUCUCUUGUGUUGCUGUUCCAAUGUCGUGAUAGAUUUGUAGAGAUCCGCCAUUUCUCGUGUCGCCACCUUUUACUUUUUGGAAGCUAUUCGGAUGAGUGUGCCCCUGAUUACGCUUUUGUGCGCCUCCCAUAUAGAGACAGGAGAGGCGUCCGGCGUGUCUUUCCUGAAAAUAGUGUUCCAGUUCAUCGGUUACCUGCCCGCGAGUCUCUGGGUCGAGAAGGAGGGCCUCAUUGAGUCCAUGCGGAGGGUCGGAAGAGGGGUGAUUCAAGCUCGAUGGUGACGGAGCCGUGGUCCGACCACGUCACUGGGUCAAGUUUGGCAGAUCGUAGUCGCGUUAAUCCUAUUUGUCGUAUGAAGAUAUAGUCAAUACGGCAGUAUUUAUUAUGCAGCGCAGAGUAGUAAGUGAAGCCCCUAGUAGUGGGAUGGAGGGCCCUCCAGCAGUCUAUGAGGUCCAUGUCUCCUAGGGCUCUCCUCAUGGAGCGUAUAUUGAGUUGAGUAAUGCCACUGUGACCCGUCGACGAGUCUAUGAUGGGGUCUAGUGGUGCGCUGAGGUGCUCUCAGAGAAGCCUUUCAAUUUCCCUAAUGUAACCCUAAGGAACUGAGCCUGUCUUCUAUUGGGUGUGUAGAGCAUACCUGCUAUCGUCCCUUUCAGGAAGAGGAAACGGCCCUGGUCGUCGUGCAGGCUGUCCAGCAGUUGGAAUUCUAGCUCUCCUGCAAUUAAAAUGGCAACUCCGGGUCGUAGGGUGAUCGCAAAAGUGGUUUGUCGGGUAAUAUUUAUUCUGCAGUUUGGGGGCGGCGCCCUUUCGGAAGUUCGUUUCCUGUAGCAGUGCGAUUGAUAAGUGCCUUUUCCUCAUCUCUCGCAGCAGGUGGGUUCUUCGCUCAGGGACGUUUAGCCCUCUGCAAUUGAGGGUGAGGACAGACAGGGGAGCGGGGCGACGCGUUCCCGCGGCCCCAGACUUAUUGCCGACGUUCAUUGCUUGGUCUCCUCCCCCUCCCGACCAGCACCCGUGAGGGACCCUGCCCCCCUGUGCAGACCCGAGAAAGAGGAGUGGAGUGAGGUAAAAAGGCAGGAUAGGUAAGGGUGAGUAGGAAAGCAGGGAAGGAAAUUAGAGAGAGAAAAGAAAGGGAGACAGUAGGUAUCUCAGUUGGUCCACCUCUGGUAGAGAGUUGACUCGUGCUACGGCCGGAAACGCCGCGGGUCUGCCCCGGUGACCAGACCGAUAGGCGAGGGCCCACAGGGUUCCACUGUAUAGGGGUAAGAGUGUGGUGUGAGGUGCGCGGUUCGGCCCCGACCAAGUGGGUGAAAGUGUGUGUAUCGUUCGGAGAGCUCGUGUCCGCUGUGCCCCGUUGUUGCUAACAUUCAAGGUUAAUGUAAAAGAUCCAUUUCAAAUACUGGCAAACAUAAGUAACAGUGUAACAAGUUGAGUGGAAUUAUGGCAUGUCAGGCUAGUAAUGCCUGUGUGCCCGUCCCGGCUCUCUUACAGGGAAUUGUCAGACAGAGCCUUGUCUCCUGUGGCCCGACCCCCAGUCCCCAUCGUUCACCCCUCCCCCUCCCCUCUGGGUCACCCACCAGUUCCCUUCCGCGAAGUUGAUCAGUAUCCCAUACUUGCAGGUCCACUAAGUAGCUUUCCGCUCCUGUUCACCCAUCUACCCCCCCCCCCCCCCCCCUCAAAUGGGCCACCACUAUAGCUCCUGGACUAUGGAGAAGGUUAGAAACCGUAACGUAGUCAACCACGUAUUCCUAGAAAACCUAAGCGCGUGCAAGGGGUCUUCAUCUGAGCAGGUGAUACCCCAUAUAUCAGUGGUGUGGUCCUAAGUGCGACUUAGCCCUCUAGAACCCGACCUCCCUGUGUCUCCAUCUGUCCCCAAGGUCCGUGAUAUUCGUGUCCACCAUAGGCAGUCACUGGCUUAACAUCAUCAAAAGGGUGGGUAGUUUUUUUUUGUUUGUUUGUUUGUUUGAGAUCCUGAUCUACAUUUCGGGUCCAUAAUCCACCCCAUCUAUUGGUGGUAUCCAUCUCCCCCCUAUACAUUUGUAGGCAACAACAAUAUACAACAUGCAUGUCAACCGCAAAUAAGACCUUGGUAGUAUGCUAUGCGUAUACUUAAUAUCGGUCGUAUGACUUGGGAUCCCCCGGGCCGUCAUCAAGACCAUGUGGGGCGCCCCAUACACAGUUCAGGUCCAGAUCAUACCUCCCAUAUAUGUGUCCCAUAACUCGUCCGGGUAGGCGUGCCAGUGGUAUCAGGGAGUUCGAACUUUAUAUGCCCCUACCAUCCAUAUCAUGAUGUUAUCAUGUCCCAGGGAAAUGUGAUGGAAGUCUUGCUCCCCCACCCAAAACCUCCGGGCAUCCCGGGAUGAUCUUCCUCCCCACACGAGCCCUUGCCUCCCAAAAAUUUCAAUAGGGUAUGAACGACCACAGGAGAGAGGGUACUUUAGGUACCAUGCGAGUUCCAGGCUUCCACCCCCAAAAAGAGUCACGUAUGAACCACCGCCCCCCCAAGAAGCAAAACAUUGGGCGUAUGGAGUGGGACCCUCAGGUCGUGUGUGGAGGGUGCUGCCCAAGCACCCUGGGCAGGGGUCUGGCCCCCAGCGCGUGACAAAAAGCCCAUGUACUGUAACCCGGAGGAGCGAGGUUAAAACCGGGCCUAUCCCAUCUCUGUCUCGCCAUCUUAAACUUCUGGUAACCAUGAGGGUAUUAAUUUGUUCCGUACCUCCCCUCCCAAAGAAGUCACUACUGUAGCUAUAUACACUGCCGCUGGGGAGUCAGACCAACUGUCUCGACUCCCGGUAACGCUGCCUGGUGCUGGGAGCAACCAUUUCCACUCCCAGUGAUGAUGAUUGCUGCAGGGACGAGGGACCGACAAUCUCCUCUCCCUGGGAUGCUGGCUGCCGCUGGGGAGAGAGACCAAUUGACCACAGCCCCAAUCUCUGCAAUCGGCACUCGCAUUCCCAUGCCGCUCUAUUCUCCGCAUCCAACUUGCGCAGAGUUGCCAGAAUCGUCUGUCGAAAGAGUCGGGCCAUAUCUGGUUAACCGCCUUUUGACCUCCUCCCUGUAAGCGUCGCCCUCAAAGCGAAAGGUCAUGUUUGCUGUGAACAGGGGAGCUGUACGAAUACUAGCGGUGCCCUCAAAUUGUAAUUCCAAACGUUGCCAGUGCCACUGCGCUGCUUCUCCUCGCACGUCAUCCCGCCGCUGCCACCACUGUAACAGAACUGCUGGCACCCCGACCGGGUACCUUCGGCUGACGGAUGCUCCUAGUUCUUUCCGAGGACUCCAAGCACUCUGCCCGACACCAUAACCACUGCAGACCCCACGAACUGCCGCAGCUUGGUUGGGGUCUCGCCGUCUCCACCCACUCUGGAUCCAGCUUCCAGUAGGUCGUCCUCUCACUCAGGCUCCUCCAACAGCCAGGGGCAAAGGGCAGCUUGUCACCUAAAAAUCAAGUCUUUAGACCUGCCCACUGACAUCAGAAGUAGUAACCUGAUCCAAUCACAGUGCUUCCCCAUAGGAUUGGCUGAGACUGACAAAGAGACAGAUCAAGGCAGAGCCAGCACAAUUCAAACGCAGCCCUGGCCAAUCAGCAUCUCCUCACAGAGAUGAAUUGAAUCAAUGAAUCUAUAUGAGGAAAGUUCAGUGUCUGCAUGCAGAGGGAGAAGACACUGAAUGUUCGGAUACAUUUUAGGCAGCCAUGACCCAGGAAGGAUCUCUAACAGUCAUCUGAGGAGUGGCCAGUGAAUCACUAGGCUGUAAUGUAAACACUGCAUUUUCUCUGAAAAGACAGUGUUUACAGCAAAAAGCCUGAAGGUAAUGAUUCUACUCACCAGAACAAAUGAAAUAAGCUAUAGUUAUUGUGGUGACUAUAGUGUCCCUUUAAAGGAACCCUAUAGGAUCAGGGAUACAAACAUGUAUUCCUGACCGUAAAGUGUUAAACACUAUUUAGGUGUCCAACCCUUAAUUAGUGUAAAACUUACUUUUUAUUCUAGUGCCGUGCGGGUCUGCUGGCACUGGCCCCUCCUCUGAUCCUCCUCCUUGGCUUAGAUGCUCAAAAUUGACAAUCUUGGCCAAUCCAAUGCUCUCUGAAUGCUGAUCUCAGCCAAGGAGGUGGGCCGGAGCCAUAAACUUUGGCCCAUGCUAGCCUUUGUUUGACAUGCUUGCUCUACACCCUCUGUUCCUGUGCGUCCAACUUGUCUUGUUGCACAUACUUGUCUGUUAGUCCACCUAUUGUACAGAUCUGCUGAAUUUGUUGGCACUUUAUAAAUAAAAAUAUUAAAGGAACACUAUAGUCACCUAAAUUACUUAAGCUAAAUAAAGCAGUUUUAGUGUAUAGAUCAUUCCCCUGCAAUUUCACUGCUGAAUUCACUGUCAUUUAAGAGUUAAAUCACUUGUUUCUGUUCAGCCCUAGCCACACCUCCCCUGGCUAUGAUUGACAGAGCAUGCAUGAAAAAAAAAAUCUGGUUUGACUUUCAAACAGAUGUAAUUUACCUUAAAUAAUUGUAUCUCGAUCUCUAAAUUGAACUUUAAUCACAUACAGGAGGCUCUUGCAGGGUCUAGCAAGCUAUUAACAUAGCAGGGGAUAAGAAAAUCUUAAUUAAACAGAACUUGCAAUAAAGAAAGCCUAAAUAUGGCUCUCUUUACAGGAAGUAUUUAUGGAAGGCUGUGCAAGUCACGUGCAGGGAGGUGUGACUAGGGUUCAUAAACAAAGGGAUUUAAUUCCUAAAUGGCAGAGGAUUGAGCAGUGAGGCUGCAGGGGCAUGUUAUAUACACCAAAACUGCUUCAUUAAGCUAAAGUUCAGAUGACUAUAGUGUCCCUUUAAAUAAGAGCUGCUAGCUAACAUAUGAGGCUCCAUGAAUUAUCUUAGUCAUCUGUAAUUUCAAAGAUUCUUCCUUGUCUUUCCACAUGGAAUGCUGUAAUCUAGAGACAGAUUUUGAUUGGCUUCAAACGUUACGUGUGUCCUGUGGAUUUUAUAAUUCACAUAUUAAAACUGACCAUAUUUUAUGGAAAUUGUGGAUUUGAAUUAGAAACGUGCCAAAAAUAUUAUUUAAAGAAAGAAAAGAAAAAAUUCUAGCCCAUUUGUUGCUGAAUUGUGCAUUUUUGUGGAAUUUCUGAUAACUGUGCUAGCUAGGAGUUAUUUGUUCAAAGAGCAUUUUCUGGUUUUGCACAAGUUCUUUUGUACAGAUCCUAAGGUGUGACAACAUCUUUCUAAUGAAAAGACAUACCUUGUGUGGAAAAUGAGUUAAUAGAUGAGUUAUGAGGAUGUGUAUGGAGAAUUUUUGUUAACUGAGCAUUACGGAAUAAAUUAAUUAAAACAUCCACAAUGUUCCCUGUUAGAAAGGGAAAUGGUUUGAAAAUGUCCUCUAUGUAUUAUGGACAUUUAAAAUUGCAUUCCAUUAACUGAGUGUGCAUGUAAAAGAACAGUUUAGGCACCAUAACCACUACAUUGGGAAACUAUUUUACAUGCAAUGUGACAAAAGACAUUUGGAAUACAUGCUUUAACUUUUAAUGUAAAUAUUUGUGAUAGUUUGUUCCCCUUAACGACGAAUGCAAUGUCCAACAUCUGAACCAAAACAAAACCUUAGAUUUAUUAUCUUUAUGUGCUGCUUCACACCCACUCCCCUUUUUAUAUCCCACAUAUACCUAACACAUAUCAAUAAAAUGUUCAUUAAUUUUUUAAAAUUUGUUUUUCACCCCUUUUUAUUUUUUCAUAUUUGUACUUAUAAUUUUUACACAUCAAUUUGCCACGAAAGAAAGAUCUUAAAAUAGAUGCACAUAUUACUCAUGACUUUUAAAUGAUUUGCCUUUGAUCUAAAUAAUUUUUUGUUAAUGUUAACCCAAUACCAGCCCUACCCCUAACCAUAUGCUUUACAUUAGCUGUAACCUUAUUACUACUCUAAUCUUAAAGAGACACUAUAGUCACAAAAACAAGGAUUCUCCUACUCUCCCUUUAUUAAUGAUCUCUGAGAAAUUUUAACAACUAGAAUGACGCAAUUAUGACCAAUGUAUUUUUUCACUGUAAAUAUAUACACUCUUUUUAUUAACCUUUUUUUCGAAGACUCCUGGAUAAUUUUAUGAUCAGAAUUUUGUAAUUUGCAAUUCUAAUUUAACUAGUGGUUUGCAUCUUACAUUAAGAGGCUGGGUAUCUUGUAUAAUCGUAACAUUUAUGUCAACACAUAGCAUAGAUAUAUUUAUAUUUAUAUUUAUACCUAUAGCUUCUGAAUUAGGAGGGAAUGCAAGAGCAUAAUAAAAUGAAAUGGAUUUAUAAGAUGCAAUCCACACCCUACAGCGUGAGGAUGUCCAGCGAUGGUCUAGCACAGGUUUUCUGUGCUAUGGACAAGUAUGUGCCCUCUAGUGGCUGUCUAGUAGACAGCCACUAGAGGUGGAGUUAACCCUGCAAGGUAACUAUUGCAGUUUUUAGGAAAAAAAACUGCAAUAAUUACCCUUGCAGGGUUAAGGGUAGUGGGAGUUGGCACCCAGACCACUCCAAUGGGAGUUGGCACCCAGACCACUCUAGUGGUCUGGGUUCUUGGAGUGUCCCUUUAAGGUUAACCCUGACGAAGGUGCCAUUAGCAGCACCGAAACGCGCGCUGGGCAUUUUGUCUUCUCACAUUUUUAGCACUAUGCACUCUAUAUCACUUUAGUUUUCUAGUUUGAGGGUUUUGAUGUUUUAGUCUUGGUAGGAUUUGGAGGGAAGGACGAGUUGUUAAUAUGGGUCAGCAUUCUAGCUUAGAACACCCCUGAAGGUGUUGUUUAGGAGCUGUAGCCCUAUUUGGAAUUGCAAGUUGGUUAGGUAGCAGGAUGUCUACAUAAACUUUAACAUUGAACACCCAUGAAGGUGUUUUCCUAGGAGCUGCAUACCAUUGUGAUAUUUGAUAGUGAAACUGUUGUGGCUUAUACCAUUUUAGCUUUCACACCCAAGUAGCUAUAUCCUAGGAGCUGCUCUGACUUACCUACAAGUAACAAAGAGAUUUAUAUCUAUUUGCACAGUAGUUGUGGACGCAAACAAUCUGCUCCCUUCGGAGAUUUCACUUUACAUCAUCUCCAGACUUAUUCUACCUCUUAAUCUAACUGUCCGCCACCUCCACUUUGUGCAGCUUUUAUUUUUUUUUUUUCUCAGUGGAUACUACCCAGCGCACUGUUUAGCAAAUAGUCCCCCCCGUGACAAUUUUUUUACUUGUUUAGGCAGAAAUAUCUAGAUGCAUUUAAGAGUAUCCAGAAGAUGCACUGUGCAUGAUAAGUCAAGGGUAAAUUAUCCACAUAUGUUUAGAGGUAAUUGCUCACCACUCCCCAGCUGGGAAUCUUAUAACAAUUGUAUAGUUUUUUUUAUCAUUUUUAUGCACAGCAAUAAAUAAUUUUUUUCGUUUGGAUACAUUGUGUUUAAUAAGUUACCUGGAGGAUUUAUGGUGGUUUAUCCUACCAAGUUGUUGUAGAUAUAUUGGUUAGCUCUGUUUAUUAGGUAUUGGCUAUUUAUCUACCAGUUUGGUAUCCCUCACUCUUGCUGAGUCUGGGAUCCCCUUCUCUCUUUUUUUUAUAUAUUGAAUACUUUAAAGUGGCACUGUCAUACUGAACUUACCUUUUACCAAUCUUUUCUUCUUCUUUCAGAAUCUGUUCUUCUUUUCUUCAUUUCUGAUCCAGUUGUUUUUUGUUUUUUUUUAAACAUAAUAAAAAGUAGGGACUACUUUGUUUUAUGUAUUUUUUUUUUUUAUAGGCUUGGCUUUCCUUGACACAAGAAGGAGCUUAAGACAGCUCAAAUUCCUGUUUCAAAGAAAGUUUUCCCACAAUGCUUGCCCUUCCUUCAUGCUCUCGCAUUGCAUCCUUUCAGAUUUUCGAAGUACUGUCAUGUGGACUAGGGUGUCGCAGAAAUGACCAAAUGUCGUCCGAACAGGAUGUCGACAAUUUUCCAUUUGUAUUCAGAUGAAAUUCGGACAUUAUUUUGUUUGGAAUUUCGUAAUGAAAACCAAAGAGAAAAGUUACGUGUGCACUUUUCCAAAUCCCUGUGCACAUUUAUAUAAAUGUAGGGUUUUUAGUUCCACUCCAGUGACCAUUAGAUGUAAGCCUACCUGCCAUGUGUUCCCUGUUAAGGGUAUGUAGGGGUUUAAAAAAAAAAACCCUUUCUGUCUCAUUAGAGGUUUUUUUGUUUUGUUUUUUGUCUGAGGCUGGAGCAAGCGAGGUGAAUUGUUAGUGUAUGGUUUGCCUUGAUGUGGCAGGUAGGCUUACAUCUAAUGGCCAUUGGAGUGGAACUAAAAACCUCCAUUCAUAUAAAUAUGCGCAGGGAUUUGUAAUAGUGCGCAUGUAACUUUUUUCUCUCUGUUUUUACUUUGCAUAAACUAAUAACCACAGUAGUAUAUCAAAAAAGUAGGACAUAAUUUAGGGUGUAAUUAAAAGGUGGGUAAUUUUUGAUUGCACUCACAGUUUAAGAUUCAGAACCGGUUCCACCUUUAACAUGAAAGUAGUAAUUUAUGUGUUGCACAGUGCUUUAAAUUGUGCAGUAUAUAGGUGUUGUGUUAUGUAAAAAAGCAUAAAACAUAUCGUAUCUGAUUGUGAUGACACAGCAGGUUUUAACCAGAAUUAAAAGAAAAAGACAAUUGUAAUCCUUAUAAAGAGAAAGCAUUCAGUGCUUUAUCUUGCCCUCUUUUGUUUCUUGAAAAAAGGAAUACAGAACCAUGACGAGUCUUUGACCCAUUAAAAAAAUAAAAAAAUAAAAAUCAAUAAAUAAUGGUAACAGACUGGGCACAACAGAGCAAUGUGUUUUUGUUUGCUUUUCUUUUGAGGUUUAUUUUCCUUUUCUAUAGAUUGUCAUUUUGGCUCACUAUAAACCUCUCUCAAGACCUCAAAUUUAAUUCUUUGUGUGCUGAAAUUUUACUUUUUUGAAUUACAAUAUAACUCCCAAAAAAGGAUUCUACAAUUGUGCUUGGCUGCCCAUAUAUUGUACAGCAUUUAUGGGUUAAGUUGCCACAUGCAUAAUGUUAGAAUUCAGAUUCAAAUAGCUUUGGACUGUAGACUAAAGACAGAACCUCAGCAUGAGGCCCAAAUCUGGAUGACAGCCGACAACAGGCGGUUACUGUGCCUGCAGCGACGAGACUCACCCUGAUACAAGCCCGAGGGACGAACUCCCUCCUCACCACUGCGGCCUUAAGUGACUACCUGGAUGUCUUCAUCCACACCAGACAUGCGGGACUCUGCAUGGCAAAGAAGCGAGGCCAGCAACUAACGGCUCCCAGGGUAGAUGCGGACCUGUCAAGCCGGGACAGUGCCACAUGCUCCUGAGCGAGGUACUCGUGCCCCCCUCAGGACUUACCGAUAUACCCUAGCUGUUGAUACCCAGGUGGUCAAUUAUGUCAAUGUUAAGCUACAGUUAAAGUUCUGCCAACCGUAAGGGACUGGGGCCAUACGAAACAGAGGUUUCCUUACCAUGUUCUAUGUUAGCAAUCGGAGAUAGCCUUAACACGUCUUGGGGUCUCCGGCGCCGGUGUGUGCUUACUCCGUUUGUGGGGCUGUACUUCACCAGGUAACGGCCAGCUUGGGGGCUGCUCCGGCUCUGUGCUUUCCCCUGUCUAUGUUGGGGGCGAUCUGGCAAGGGAGUUCCCAACCCCUGUCUCUGGGGCUUGCUGCGCCACCGCUCGCCGGGAGGCCAUCUUCCUCCAAAUGGCUGGAGUGGUUUGCACCUUGGGCGGGGGGGGGGGAUACAUCAGUUUGUAGAGUUUAGUCCAGAAAUCCGCAAAGAUCCGGUGUAUGCGAUCCAGGUCCAGCAUAUGGGAUGUCGGGGAUUCGUCGCAAGUGAGUUUGGCAUCCGCCAUUUUGUGCCAGUGUCUAGGGUGGUUGCUCCGUCUGGUGCACCUUUGUCUCCGAUGUCAGAGGUGAGUGCCCUGCUUGUGCCGGGAUAUCCCUCACUGGCGGGGGGGGGAAACAGGUGGUAGGUGUCAGUUGCAGGCUCUGGGUUGUGCGGACGUGGGGUCGAGAGAAUGGCCGCUUCCCCCGCAUCCACGCUGCUGCUUAGGCCGUUACGCCUUCCAGCCACCCCACCCGAGGCUUUAGUGAUCCUGGUUGCUUGCUCUAUGCUCCCGCGGGUGCCCUCAGGCAAGUGGUAAGUAGCAAACCGUGUCAGCUCCGUUAUUUUCCCAUUUUAAUGGUUUAAAGUCCGUUAUCAUGCAGGAGCUCCGGGUCAGGCUCCGGUACAUUUUGUUACUCAGUGCAGCAUCACCCUCAGCCACAACCUAACCUGUAUUUCACUACUGCAACACAUUUCAGUUUGUUACUAUUGUAACCGGCAGAUACAAGCAGCCUAGACAUGUUCUAAGUGUUCAUCAGUAUACCUACCACAAAGGCCGAUGUACUCAGCGUUAAGCAUUGAUUAUCUUGUUUUGUUUUAUUUUACUCUAGCUAAUCGUAUUUUGACAACAUAACAGUUUAGGCAAGCAUGAUAUAGAAAGUGAGAGCUGUCUUCCCUAUUAAUCGUAUUUCUAAGCCUCAGCAAACCUAACCUUGUUACAUACACGUUCAGCCUAGCAUAAACAUAUCUUCAAUCUGCUCUGAUACUCGAAUGCUUAAGCCUGAUUAAAACAUAAAAUUGUGCAUGUUAAUCUUGUGCACCGCAUGUUACGCGUGGGAAAAGCUAUAGGACUGCCUUUGGGGCACCUCUCGCCUGUUUGUGUUAAAUCUCUGCACUGCAAAAAUAAAAAAUAAAAUUCAGACGAAAAAGAAAAAAACCUGACGCUAAAAAAAAUGAUCCAUCUUCACCCGUGGAGGGCUAUGCGCAGACUGAGCUCUGCAGGGCGGGGGAAGGCUUAUAAAGCCUUGCCCCGCCCUGCAAUUAGGCUAAGAACACUCUGGUUGGUUUAAGCACCUUAAAGCGGUACUCUGUCAUUUUACACAGCAUGGGAAAGUUCUUGGAGAAGGACAGUAGGUUCCCCCCAUUGUUAUGUCGGGCUCCCACCCACCGCUCAGGGGUGGGGUACGGGGGGGGAGGACAAUAGGUGUCCCCCCCCUUAUUUUACUUUAGCCACUGGCUGCUCACUGUUUACUAGACAUGCCCCUACUCGCAGUAUAGCGAUUAGGGGCAGAUUUUACUAAUACUAAGUAUCUUUUGGUAGAUAACUCCCUAAUUCCCACGAUAUUAGGGAGCUAUCUACUAAGCGGCUGCAAGAUGCAGCCACAGCACGAAUAGAAUUGGAGUUUCAUUAAGUCGAAUGCAAUUGCAAUCCGAACAAAGUCCCGAAUUGCGUUCUAACACGAAAGGAGAAACUGUUCUAAUUCUGUUAGGACGCAAUUCGGCAGUUUUGCCAGCGUUCUGUGACAGGACGUUCGGCAAUACUGACAGGAGGCAUCGUGGGAACAGGGAGGAAAGCUAAGGAUUAUGGGAAAAUUGCUCUGACCACCGGAAACGAAGCACACUUUGCUCCUCCGCUGGUCAUGGCGUUGAAAACCUCCAGAAGAGAAAUAGUCCCUACUUUGUCUUAACGGACCACUCUAGUGGUCUGGGUGCCAGGUCCAGCUAGGAUUAACCCAUUCUUUUAUAAACAUAGCAGUUUCAGAGAAACUGCUUUGUUUAUGAAUGGGUUAAGCCUUCCCCCAAUUCCUCUAGUGGCUGUCUCAUUGACAGCCGCUAGAGGCGCUUGUGUGCUUCUCACUGUGAAAAUCAGUGAGAGCAUGCAAGCGUCCAUAGGAAAGCAUUGUAAAUGCUUUCCUAUGUGACCGGCUGAAUGCACGCGUGCGAAUUCAGCCGCAUGGGAGGAGAAGUGGAGGAUCGGAGGAGGAGAGCUCUCCGCCCAGUGCUGGAAAAAGGUAAGUUUUAACCCCUUUCCUCUCCCCAGAGCCGGGCGGGAGGGGGACCCUGAGGGUGGGGGCACCCUCAGGGCACUAUAGUGUCAGGAAAACGAGUAUGUUUUCCUGGCACUAUAGUGGUCCUUUAAUUUUUAAAGAAAACUAGAGCAGACAGGAAGAAAUGAAGAACAGAUCCUGAGAUAGGGAGAGAAGAGGAAUCGAUUGGGGAAAGGUAAGUUCGGCAUGACAGUUCCGCUUAAAGGCAUCCAAGUAGUUCUAUACAAAAUACUUCUAAGUUUGUAGCUCAUGCAGGAAUAUCAAGCUUUGGAUUCUAGGUUUGGCCAAGCCUUGCUUUAAAAAACUUUUUUUUUUUUUUUUAAAUCCCGUAAUAGUGAUCCAGAGCCAUCUAAUACAGGUUAAAGAAAUGCUCCAAACACCUGAAACACUUUAACCCCUUAAGGACACAUGACAUGUCAUGAUUCCCUUUUAUUCCAGAACUUUGGUCCUUAAGGGGUUAAGCAGAAAUCGGCACAGAAGAGAAAGUCUGUAAAAAUAGUACAUAGUACUUUUUUCAGUGGAAUGCCAGUUAUGGGGAUUGGAGAGUUUGCUCCUUUUUGUGUGUGUUUUAGAAUUUGAUAACGACUAAACUUCGCAAAGAAUUCUAUAAAGAAAUUGUGCAUCUUCUCUACAUAUAAAAAAAACAAAAACACACAAACUUACUUGCAAUGCUAGGUCCAGGCCAAGUUCUCCUUGCAGCCCAAUCCUCCUUUGGUGAUGUCAUAACCUUUCACUAUAGAGGUGGGGGAAGCUGAGGGGAGAACCUUGGCAGCAUAGAGAAGGUUACUGCCACCACUGGUUGUCUAUUGCCAGCAUGGUAUGCAUAUUCAUGAGACUCCCAAUUUGCGUAUAUUUAACAUUAACCAUCCUGGACCUCUGGUUCUAGGCAGGCAAAUGACACCGUAUGAGGUGGAAUUACACCAAUAGCAGCAACCUCCUAUAUUUCUGUAUGUGCAGUGUUUAAAACUGAAUUGCUACACAUACAUACUUCACGCACACUGACCACUUCAAAACAUUGAAGUGUUUAUGGUGCUUAGAAUAACCCUUCAAGAAGUGAUUGUUAGAAAUUAUUAUCCUGUAGUAGAAUGUAAAAGUAAACCAAAUAAAGAGCGUCCAGCAAUAAUAUCAAUUCAUGGAAUUCGUUUUAGACUACUGUUUUAUGUGUGCCUAUAGUGCGAUGUUCAUUCAAUAAUUAGACAUUGAUUGCAUGGUAAUGUGAAAAAUGGUGAGCUUUCUUAACAUGCUUCAGCAACCUUAGUUGAAAAUUCAGCAGUUUCAGCUAAUAUUUAAACUCGCAUGGCUUGUUAUUACUCCUCUGAGUUGCUUCAUAGUGUGAGACUCCGACUUAUGUAAGUUAAAUAACUUUUAAUAGCUUACCGUUCACAGAUAAUACAUAUAGAACUGCAAAUAGAUUUAAAGGUAAAGGUCAAGAGAGCCAUAAUAUGUGUGUGGUAUUUUUGUUGUGGUUUGUUUUUUCUUUCAAGGGAUGGGAGGUGGAAAAUGUAUACAUUAUUUUAGAGAUAUUUAAGUUCAAAAAGCAAAUGUGCAAAUAAAUGCAUAAUUCAUGGUGAAAUGUUAAAUCCACACUGUAGGCACUAUAAUAUCACUUGUGAAUAUGCAGUGGAAGUAAAGAUUAUAUUUUAGGGACUAGACAUGGACGAUAGAAUGCCUGAAAAACUUUGGACAGAAGUUUGCAUUAUUAUCCAGGAAACCGCAAGAACAAAUAUCCCCAAAAGAAAGAAAUCGAAGAAGGCAAACUGACUAUCUGAUGAGACUUUAAAAAUAGCCCAGGAAAGCGGAAGGUAGUGGAGAUCGGAAACAAUUUGUGCAACUGAAUAUAGAAUUCCGAAGGAAAGCAAAAACAGACAGACAUUCUACAAUAAGCAAUGUAAAGAGAUAGAAGAAGAUAAUAGAAUGGGAAAGUCAAGAGAUCUAUUCAAGAAAAUUGGCGAUCUAAAAGUUACCUUUCAUGCCAAAGUGGAUGUGAUAAAAGACGAAAAUGGCAGGGGCUAAGAUCAGAUAAAGAAGAGAUGUCAGGAAGGAUCUUAACAUCAGUGAUGACCUCAAUAGUUGGUCCAAUGAGAUGGAACCAGAUGACUUGGAGAGCGAAGGGUGCCUUGCCGAUAACAAGGCUGCAGUAGUUGAUGAAAUCCCAAUUGAACUAUUCAAAAUUCUGCAAGAUGAUGCUGUGAAAUUUCUGCUUGCCUUAUGCCAACAAAUUUGGAAAACUCCACAGUGGCCAAAAGACUACCGUGUUUCUCCGAAAAUAAGACCGGGUCUUAUAUUAAUUUUAGUCACAAAAAACUCACUAGGGCUUAUUUUCAGGGUAGGGCUUAUUUAUUUACGGUACCGGUAUGUACAUUGAACCCCCCCUUUAAUUAAUCCACCCCCCCCCUUUAAUAAAUCCACCCCCCUCUAAUUAAUCCACCCCCUCUAAUUAAUCCAGCCCACCCUUUAAUUAAUUCACCCCCUCUAAUUAAUCCAGCCCACCCUUUAAUUAAUUCACCACCCCCUUUAAUAAAUUCACCCCCCUCUAAUUAAUCCAGUCCACCCUUUAAUUAAUUCACCCCCCUCUAAUUAAUCCAGCCCACCCUUUAAUUAAUUCACCACCCCUUUAAUUAAUUCACCCCCUCUAAUUAAUCCAGCCCACCCUCUAAUUAAUCCAGCCCACCCUUUAAUUAAUUCACCACCACUUUAAUUAAUUCACCCCCUCUAAUUAAUCCAGUCCCCUUUAAUUAAUUCACCCCCCUUUAAUUAAUUCACCCCCCUCUAGUUAAUCCAGCCCACCCUUUAAUUAAUUCACCCCCCUCUAAUUAAUCCAGCCCACCCUUUAAUUAAUUCACCCCCCUCUAAUUAAUCCAGCCCACCCUUUAAUUAAUUCACCACCCCCACCCCCUUUAAUUAAUUCAAUUAAUCCCAGACAUAAAAUAUCUAGCGGUACUCACAUUUCAAAGAUUCCUUGCUGAGUCCGACCACUGGGAGCCUCACCGCCCGGAAAUGGAUCCUUCCGCUGAAGAUCCGUGAAGGCAGACUGACGGCGCUGCAAAAUGUCGUCAUCACGUUGCGCGACGCUCCUCCUACAGCAGAAGAAGGAAGUCUGGCCGCAAAGGUACAAUGCCUAGGUCUUAUUUUCGGGGUAGGGCUUAUAUUGCAGCCCACCCCGAAAAUCCGACUAGGGCUUAUUUUCGGGGUAGGGUUUAUUUUCGGGGAAACACGGUAGAAUAGGUCAGUCUACAUCCCAAUCGCCAAAAAAAUACCUUCCUGCCCCUGUAGGUCUAGCACUGCUCCAAAACCAGGGGAGAGUUUAAAGAUCUCUCUCACCUGCCAAGUCAUCCUGAUGCAAAUGGAGAGAAAGUAGUCCUUGAUGGUAAAAAGACAAUAGUGUCCCUUGUAAAUAAAAAUGUUUCCAUUUUUUUUAUUUAAACCUCUUAAGGACGGAGGGCGUACUAUUACGCCCUGCAGGAGCCGGCUCUAAACGCCGGUGGGCGUAAUAGUACGCCCUCACUUUAAUGGCCGCCCAUGUGGCCGGCGCUAGUCGCCCACUGCAGAUCGCGGUCAGGGGGGAUGCCCGGCCCCCCAGGCAACCCCCCCUGUGACCGAUCCGCGCAGUCAGAUGCGCAGUGACAGGCUGUCACUGCGAUCAGUUUUUAACGUGUGUCAGCCGAUUUCAAAUCUGCUGACACACGUGGCCAGCGGCUACCCCGUGCAGAUCGCGGUCGGGGUACUUACCUGGCCCCCCAGGCAGUCCCCCUGGGGUCAGUGGCCGCGAUCUGCUAACUCUGAGAUCGCAGUGACAGGCUGUCACUGCGAUCUCAGAGCGCUCUGAUCACAGUGACAGCCUGUCACUGCGAUCAGUGUUACAUGUGUCAGCCUGUUGGCUGACACAUGUAACUGGCACACAGAUCCCCCUGCAGAUUGGAAGGGGGGAGUGCUUGUACCACCCAGGCACUCCCCCCUGUGGCCAAUUACCCAAUCUGCAGGAGGUGAUCACAGUGACAGGCAGUCACUGUGAUCACUGAUCCUGUGUAUCAGCCAGUGAUGUAAAAUCACUGGCUGACACUGUCUCUGCCCCCUCUCCUGUAAAAAAAAAAAAAAUAUUAGUUAAAAAAAAAAAUUACAGUUACAUAUAAAAUAUACUUAGAUCAUAUAUAUUAUAUAUAUAUAUAUAUGAUCUAAAUAUAUAUAUAUACACACACACACACACACACACACACACACACAUUUACACAUACACGAAGUGUAUUUAAAUAAUAUAUAUAAUUAUUUAUAUAUAUAUUACUAUCAAAUUACACGUAGACUAAUACUGAUUAAAUAUAUACAUAUAUAAUUAUUGUUAUAUAUAUAUAUAUAUUUAUAUAUAAUAUAAAAAUGUAAAUACGUAAAAAAAAAAUUUAAAAAAAUAAUUAAAAAUAAAUAAUAAAAAAAUAUAUAGUUGUUUGUUAUUUCGUUCUAACUGUAUUGUGAUAUUAAUAUAUAUAUAUUUAUAUCAAAAUACACGUAGAACGAAAUAAUAUAUAUAUCUAUAUACAUAAAUAUAUACAUAUAUAUCACUAAAUAUAUACACCUAUAUAUAAAUAAAAAUAUUUUAAAAAAUUAUAUAUAUAUAUAUAUAUGUAUAUAUACACAUAUGUGUAUAUAUAUACAUAUAUUAAUUCUACACAUAUAUUUAUGUAAUAUUUUUACAUAAUUAGGUAUCCUAAUUAAUUACAAUUAGCGGGACCUGCCUGACAACCCAUGCCGAAAGUAUAGGGAAUUUAAUUUGCUAGCACUAUAUUUAACCCUAUAACUUUUCAAGACACCAUAAAACCUGUAAAUUGGGGGUACUGUUUUACUCGGGAGACUUCGCUGAACACAAAUAUUAGUGUUUCAAAACAGUAAAAUGUAUUACAAUGAUGAUAUCGCCAGUAAAAGUGAAGUUUUUUUGCAUUUUUCACACACAAACAGCACUUACACGGACGAUAUUAUUGCUGCGAUACUUUUUACUGUUUUGAAACACAAAUAUUUGUAUUCAGCGAAGUCUCCCGAGUACAACAGUACCCCUUAUGUACAGGUUUUAUGGUGUUUUCAAAAGUUACAGUGUCAAAUAUAAGGCUUGUGUUUCAUUUUUUUCACAUUAAAAUUCGCCAGAUUGGUUACGUUGCCUUUGAGACCCUAUGGUAGCCCAAGAAUGAAAAUUACCCGUAUGAUGGCAUACCAUUUGCAAUAGUAGACAACCCAAGGUAUUGCAAACAGGGUAUGUCCAGUCUUUUUUAGUAGCCACUUAGUCACAAACACUGGCCAAAAUUGGCGUUUUUUUGCAUUUUUCACACAAACAGAUACUAACGCUAACUUUGGCCAGUGUUUGUGACCAAAUGGCUACUAAAAAAGACUGGACAUACCCCAUUUGCAAUACCUUGGGUUGUCUACCAUUGCAAAUGGUAUGCCAUUAUGGGUGUUAAUUUCAUUCCUGGGCUACUAUAAAGUCCCAAAGGCAACGUAACCAAUCUGGCGAAUUUCAAUUUCAAAUGUAACGUGCUAUAUUUGACCCUGUAACUUCCCAAAACGCCAUAAACCUGUACAUAGGGGGUACUGUCUUACACGUGAGACUUUACUGAAUACAAAUAUGUGUAUUUUAUUGCAGUAAAAGCAAACAGUAUUAUGACACUGACCGUUAAAAUGUCAUGUAGAACUAAAAAAAUCAAAAAAAUCUUAUUUUCUCCCAUUUUUUUCAUAUUAAAUUAUGUUUCAUAGCUAAAUAUUUGAUAUUAAAUGAAAGCCCUGUUUCCCCUGAAUAAAAUGAUAUAUAAUAAGGGUGGGUGCAUUUACUAUGAAAGAGGUGUAUUACGGUUGGACAGACAUGUAGCGCAAAUGCCAGGUUUUGUUUACAUUUUGUUUCGUUCACAACGUGUACAUUUGGCUCCGUCCUUAAGGGGUUAAAUAUACAUUAAUUGUGCCCCAUCAGUCUUGAUGUCAUCCCCACAAGUAGCCUCCCUCCAAAUGUAUGCAAAAAUUACAGGGCACACACCGCGCCUUGUCCUCUGAUCAGCUUUUGGGGACACCAGAGACAGGGCACCAGCAAAUGGAGAACAAGUGUCAUUAAUUUUUUUCACUGUGGUCUGUACAUGAAUUGCCCUGGAGAGGCAUCAAACUGACAUGCCCACUUUGGAAACUGUUGGUGUAAUUGGUGAAGACACAACAAGCCCCUAUCUAGACCUGUCCCCACCCACCUCCUAAUAUAUUGGUGAUCAUGACAACUGUGUAUCCUUUACAUGCCACGGCAGAACCUAUGCAGUAGUUCUGCAGGUCUCACUAAAACAGAAAAAUUCAUUCAUGUAAUUGUAAUUGUUACUGAAGCGCUUCACUAUAUUUAACUUUUUAUUGGUGUGAAAGGAAACACGCUUAAUCAAUUAAAUUUUAGAUACACAUUUAAAAAUACAUAUACUUAUAUUUUUUGGGAGGGAGGGGGUGUGUGGAGGUAGUCUGUAGAAGGUACAGGGAGGGGGACGGUGCAGGGAAGAGAGGGGAUCUGUACAUGGGUGGGAGGGGGAGACGGGAUCUGUGCAUGAGACAGAAUCUAUGCAGGGGUGGGAGGGGUAGUGGGGAUUUGUGCAGGGGACGAAGGGAGGGGUUCACAGGGGAGAUCUGUGUGUCUUUUUCUCCUUCUCAAACCCCACUGUUUCUUUCACAUCCAGCCCCUCUCCCGUCCCUUGGCCUCCUUGCUUCCCUGUCUCUUAGUGUUCCUCUCCCCUCCCCCCUCCUUUCCCACCCUACUUAGUGUUUCUCUCCCCUUUCUGGUGUGCCUCCUACCUCUCUUGUAGCAUGGCCGAGUGGAGCGGAUCCCGUACAGGAGCUUCAGUUUUCUGUACCCGGCCGGGCUGAAAGGAAGUGCUCUCUUAGUGAGCACCUCCUGUCAGUCCGGCCAGGUACAGGAAACAGAAACUCCUGUACAGCGCUCCGCCACACAAAACAUUUAGUGGUGUAGACACACGGAGAAACACGCUCAAUGACAAAAGCACAGAUGUCAUUGACGGACACAGACUCACUGAUUUGACACACACACACACACAUUCCCCUACAGACACACACUGACAGUCUCACACACACAGUGACAAACACACAGAUGUCAUUGACACACAGACUCAUUGAUCUGACACAGACUCAUUGAUCUGACACAGACUCAUUGAUCUGACACAGACUCAUUGAUCUGACACAGACUCAUUGAUCUGACACAGACUCAUUGAUCUGACACAGACUCAUUGAUCUGACACAGACUCAUUGAUCUGACACAGACUCAUUGAUCUGACACAGACUCAUUGAUCUGACACAGACUCAUUGAUCUGACACAGACUCAUUGAUCUGACACACACUUCAUGACAAACAUACUCUCACUGAUUUGACAGACACUCACACACACACACACGCACUCAUGCACGCACAGGCUCAUGCACUCACACUCCUUAAUUAUUAUUUUUAUAAUUAAAAAUGUUCCACCCGUCCUUUCUACCUGGAGAGCGGGCGUGGAUAUGUUCCUGGGGUCCAGCGGGGCUGCUGGGUGGCGUGCGGCUGUAGUAGAAUCCGAGGUGGCGAGGGAACUGUGAUCUCCCUGCUCUUGCUCCCUUGUGCCUGCCUAUUGAUGCCGGGAGACGGAAUAUGACGUCAUAUUCCUCGCCCGUGGCAUCAGCAAACGGCACACGAGGGAAGCAGAGCAGGGAGAUCAGAGCUACCUCGCCGCCUCUGAUUCUACCACAGCCGCACCUGGGUCGGUCCAUAACAUGGCCUGGUAGGAGUGAGCGCUUUCCUUCUGCUGGUCACUAGAAUCUUGCGCCCCCAGAGCCGGUGCGGCCGCCUGUGCCGCCAUAGGGACGCUCUGGCCCUGACUGCCCCCCUGCCUUCCCCUUGCUACGCCUCAGCAUGAGCCAAAUUCCGGAGGAAUGUUUCCUGAACCUUGUUUAAUCCAUAUAGUUAAUAAUUUAGACUGUACUAGAAGCAAAAUGGGUUAAGGUAAUAGAAAGGUGUAUUUAAUAACCUGGCUACUUAGUUUCCAGUGGGGUUUUUUUUUUUUUGUUUUAAGUCUUUAUUUUACCAAAAUAGAAUAGCAAACUGACACGUUAUUUAUAUAUAUUUUUUUUUUUUUUUUUUUUUAAAUGGACAGUUUUUUUUUAACAAACCAGUCUUAGUAUGUCUGGAAAAUAUAGUUGGCAUUGUCUGCUUUUCAUCAUGUCACUCUCGCCCUUAUUUUGUCUUAUAAUCCUGCUUGUUUCUGUUUUGUUGUGUUCUUCACGAGUAUCAUCUAUAUUGAACUACGAUUAGUUAAUUAUACCAGUAGAUAGAUCAGAAUGCUUUGUUAGAGUUAUUCCAUGCACCAUGUCUGAUCUUUGCAAUGGUUAUAGUGUAAGAAAUGUGUAUAGCCUUUAUACUUGGAACAUAAUAGUCAUACAGAGAUAGUUAACAUUUUCUGACGAGGUGUAUCUCAAGGUAUGAUUCCCUCAGUGCCAGCCCUGCACAAUAUAAAAAGGUGUACUGUUGCACGCAGCUUGUUCCUGGAAAGACAAGACAUUAAUCCGAUCAUACACAUUUUGGGUACAUCUACAUUCUGAGUCGUGUUGGAACAAGUUUUCUGUUGGCUAUGUCAAUUUUGUGCAAAGAUUUUAUUAGUCAUCAGUCAUUAGUCAUCCCAUGCGCCCUCCCUCACAAUCAUUACAAACAAACAGUGUUGUCUUCUAAAGUGUCAUAGAAACAGGUUAACAACCACAUCUGGUCAGGUACAGAACCUAGAGUAGAGAUGGGAGAGAGAAGAAAGCAGGUUGAAGAUUGGUUAGUGUACCUUGGGACCCUCUGCGCUGGGGAACUCUCUUCACUCUUCUGAAGUCUGCUCAGAACGCACAUUCAAUCAGUCCAUAGGAAAGAGUUUUUCAAUGCUUUCCUAUGGACAUCCAGCGUCUUCUCACUGUGAUUUUCACAAUGAGAAGAGCGGAAGUGACUCUAGCGGCUGUCAAUGGGACAGCCACUAGAGGCUGGAUUAAAGGACCACAAUAGGCACCCAGACCACUUCAGCUUAAUUAAGUGGUCUGGAUGCCAGGUCCCUCUAGGAUUAACCCUUUCUGCUGUAAACCUAGCGGUUUCAGAGAAACUGCUAUGUUUACUAUAGGGUUAAUCCAGCCUUUAGUGGCUGUCUCAUUGACAGCCGCUAGAGGCGCUUCCACGCUUCUCACCGUGAUUUUCACAGUGAGAAGACGCCAGCGUCCAUAGAAAAGCAUUGAGAAUGCUUUCAUAUGAGACUGGCUGAAUGUGCGUGCGGCUCUUGCUGUGCAUCCGCAUUCAGCCGAUGACAACAAAGGAGGAGGAGAGUCUCCAGCACCGAGGGAGCCCGGCGCUGGAGAAAGGUGUGUGUGUGUGUUUAACCCCCUUCCUCUCCAUCCAGCUUGGCGGGAGUGGGAUCCUGAGGGUGGGGGAACCCUCAGGGCACUAUAGUGCCAGGAAAUAGUGUUUUCCUGGCACUAUAGUGGUCCUUUAACCCUAGUGUAAACAUAGCAGUUUCUAUGCUGCAGGGUUAUCACUAGAUGGACCUGGCACCCAGACCACUUCAUUGAGCUGAAGUGGUCUGGGUGCCUAUAGUGGUCCUUUAAGAAAAACUAAGUGCAUAUUUACAGUAAAAAAGUACAUUUGGCAUCUUGUAAUUUACUUUUUUAAAUUGCAUGUAUAAAUCUGCAUUUACAAGAACCAGAGUCUUGUUUGCAAUUUUUCUUACUUACUAUUUGUGAUGUAACAAAUGUACAUAGAUUUGAAAUAUGCCAGUUUCAGUCGUAUCCGCUUGACUGGAGCAGAACAUGUCAGCUUUAGUACAUUAUUGCAUAAAAUAGAUUAAUUGUUUUUGCCAGAAUGUCUGAUUUCCCCCCAGUGACAUUUCUAUGGUAUAUUUAUGCACCUGAUAAGUUUUCUCACGUUAUAUUUGCAUCCUUUCUAGACAAACCUACCAAUCUUCAAACUGAAAGAUUCAUGUGUUAGAAGGAGGUACAGUGAUUUUGAAUGGCUGAAAAAUGAGCUGGAGAGAGACAGCAAGGUAAGUGUGGGGCUGUAUGUACAUUAUUCAAAGCAAAGAUAGAAAAUCUCUUCUGAAUUUUUAACCUGUGCACUUAAAUUACAUACCUGGCAUUAGCUUAGAGACGAAUGCGUCAUUUAAAAUUACGUGAACCAUUAACCUUGGGUAAUAUACAACAAAAUGAAUUCAGUUUUUCACAGUUUAAACAAUUCAUCCCUCUACACUUAGGAAGGCAGAUCUGCUACAGUAAACAAUUUGUGUGCAGCAGCCUUUGUCAUUUUGAAAUAAUAUGCAUUUUCAACCACUGGUGACUCGGAAGUAGCAUCGGGACCCGUUGUUGAUUUAGUGGCUAACAAGGCUGCCUUUGAGAUACCUUUAUAUAAUGUUAAAUGAUUAUAUUCAAACAGCAGUGUUAAAGAUAUAUUGUGGUAGUCUGAGGUCUAAUUUAAAUUUGCAUAUCUGUGCUACAAAGUAAGAAGAUUUAAAAUGUUUUCUUUAAAGAUAUCUUGAUCUUUAGCGGAGCUAGGCAACCUGCCGCACUCCUAUCCAGAUGUAGUGGACGUCUCUGGUGCUUUUUCCAGGUGUAAGAGAAUUAUGGAAGAUGCAGUCUACAACAUCUGGGGUGCUGAAGGCUGUAUCCUAUUGAUCUAUACAUUGACUAGCACAUGUAUAUGUUAGCAAAAUGUUUUUAAAAUUACAAUCUUUGACCAUUGCAAUGACAGUCGCAUAAAAACAUGAAAUUGGUUCAUUUUCAUAUUUGAAAAUAUGAAGCAUAAUUGUAAACUUUUAUAUAUUUUCUUUGUCAAAUACAUCUAAUUUCAGAAACACAACUUGACAAAAAAACAAAACAUUUUGUAUCAAAAACGCCUUUAUGAAACCAAAUGGAAACAAUGCAGUGUCCACAAGGCUUUAACCCCUUAAGGACACAUGACAUGUGUGACAUGUCAUGAUUCCCUUUUAUUCCAGAAGUUUGGUCCUUAAGGGGUUAAAGGGACACUCCAGGCAGCCCUUUUUAUUCACCUCGUUCCAGCGCAGGGAGCCUUGUGAAGCCGCGCCCCCUAUUUCGUCAAAAUGACGAAAUAGGCGGACGCAAGCAAGGAGCAAUCAGACGCUUCCGUUCGGAAGCGUCAUUGCUCCCUUGUGCGCAUGCGCGGCUUUGCCGCACAUGCGCACAUACGUCAUAUUCCGCCCUAUGAAGUCCUGAGCGCUGUUGCGCGCAGUGUGCGCAGCCGCGAGCUAAGCUGACUGACCGCUCAGCUUGCGGUUUUUGCCCGCUCCCUCUCCUCUGCUGACAGACAGGAGAGAGAAGGCGCGCGCACACAGUGCCUUCUCUCUCCAGCACAUGUCAGAUGUAUUUUAAUUUAAGUCUGACGUGUACAUGGCCUUUUUAGGGCCAUACAUGAUAGGAAGUCCCUCUGGUGGCCGUCUGAGUGACUGCCACUGGAGGUAUUCCUAUCAAUCAAUGUAAACACUGUAUUUUCUCUGAAAAUACAGUGUUUACAUUAGAUUGCCUGCAGGAAGCUAUAGAUCUCACCUGAACAACUACAUUAAGCUGUAGUUGUUCAGGUAAAUAUAGUGUCCCUUUAAAAUAACUUACAGAAGUGAAAAAAUAUAAAAAAUAAUCCACUUGGCCAAGGGACUAAAGUGUUAACCCACUCUACUGGUCCUGGCACAAAAUAAUUAAAUGAUUACCUGACAUGCAGGUAAUUAUCGAAACUGAAUAUGCAUACUUUUACUUUUUUUAAUAUUAUCCUUCAGCUCUAGUGAACAUUAAUUUGCACUUUGGGAGAUAAUCAUGUCAUUGGUGAAAGCACUCUUUCUCCCAAGUCCAUGACUUCUGGCCCUUUACAAAUGAAAGAAUUCUUUAACUUGCUGUACCCCAGGUUUGGGUAUAACUGAGCGAGUAUGUGAUCCCUAUAUAACUAUCAAGGUAUUUAUUUAAUAUUAUGAAUUAUACUCAAAAACCUCAUAUAUGCUUUAAGCCCUAGACAUUGAGUAGGUUAUUUGAGGAACUUUGAAUUUUCCCAAGAGUAGACUACAGUACUCACUCACUUCCUUGUGUUCCUGGUGUUCACGAAGUCGGGCCUGGCAGUCGCACUCUUUCUACCUCUAGAAUAGUUAAAUGUAUUGUACUCUUUGCAGCUUCUAAAAGCUGUUUUGAUCUCCUCUAUCAGGGAGUACUUUUUUGGUGCCAGAUUCUAUUCUACUUACUGAAUGGUAAAAUAUAAGUGAGAAAACUGAAUGCUGUAAUCUUGAAACACCUUCAUGCAACUUAUUAAUAAAUUGAAAUUCCACCAUGUGCAAGGUGCAAUAAAAUAGAAAAUAUUUAUAUUUGGAUUCUUCUAUAAUUCUUGUAAUGCAAUAGAGUUGCAGAUUCUCCAUAAAAAAUAUUUUAAUGGUCUCAAAUAUACCCUACAAUGAAAUAAAUGUAUCUGAAAAGGAAAUAUGCACAUUUUAUAAAAUAUACUGAUAAAAAUGUAUUUAAAAAACAGGGGGGGGUGGAGGGGGGUACAAUUGGGGUUUUUUUUAAUUAAAAAAGAAGUUUAAAUUUUAAAUAGAAAUUUUUAGUUUAGGUAUCUGUAUGUGUAUAUUUUGUUCUUCUCCUUUAACCUUUUCUCGCUGUGUAUUUUGAGGGUAUUUUUAGAACUGUGAGAAAUGCCAGAAUGUGUUAUUUAGUUGGUGCAGGGCUAGUAACCCAUCUCAUAAUUAAAAAAAAAAAAAUAUUGUUUGUUUUUUCAGAUUGUAGUACCUCCACUACCAGGAAAAGCUCUAAAGAGACAGCUUCCAUUCCGAGGAGACGAGGGCAUUUUCGAAGAAUCCUUCAUAGAGGAAAGACGGCAGGGCUUGGAACAGUUUAUUAACAAGUAACCUUACUUUUAAACCUUUAACAUGUCUUUAUUUAUAAAAUAUUUUACCAGGAAAGAUACAUUGAGAUUUCUCUAGUUUUCAAGUAUGUCCUGGGUCCACAAAUCAUUGCAUUGUUACAUUAGGGUACAAUAAAAUACAAAAACAAUAUUAAUACACAAUAAAUACAAAAUUUAACAUAGAACAGGUAGGAAAUAUAUAAUCAACCAUGACAGGUGCAUUCUUCUUUAUACUUUUUAAAUUACAUCUGCAUCAAUCACAUUUUAUAGUAUGUUAGAAAGUAAUUUUGUAAGAACAUCAAAGUAUAGUAAUGACAUCUACCUAUUUAUAUACAUUAUACAUCUGUAUUUUCAUCUAAUGCCAGCUCCUAUGAUUUGUUUUUAAUAGUGGGAUUGCGGUCUGAAGUUUGUAAAUUACACAAAAUAAUUUAACACUUUUUUUAAAAUAUCUCAAUAAAUGUUUUCUGUGCUUAGUUUUUUUGUUUUUGUUUUUCCCUUCCAGUCCCUUCCUCAUUUUUGGAAGGAGGAAAUUACAUUUAAUUAAGCCCUGAUGCCAAAUAUAAGUUGAGUCAGUUUCAGUUACUUCUGUAUUGUAGUAAGAACAGCCUAGCAUUCAAUGCAAAUUAAAAUAAGUUGUAUAAUAUAAUUAAAUGGUACUGGUUAUGCAGCUACUGCAUUUUUGGAAUACGUGGCUUUUAAAAAUCUUUUUUAUUUAGUUUUGAUAAGAAGGGGGCAUGUUGUGAUUAUAUUUUAUGGGAGUGGCCCAUCUAUCAACUACCCUCGAAUUUAAGGGGCCACUAUAGUCACCAGAACAACUAGAGCUAAUGUUUGUUCUGGUGAGUAUAAUCAGUCCCUUCAGGCUUUUUGCAAUAAACACUCUUUUAUUCAGGGAAAAGGCAGUAUUUAGAUUACAGCCUAGGGAUACCUCCACUGGCCACUCUUCAUAUGGCUACUUUAGGUGCUUCCUGGGGCAGUGCUGCACACUAUGCAGCACUGCCAUUCAAUGUCUCCACCCUCUGCAUGGAAAUACUGAACUUUCGUCAUAGAUGUAUUGAUUCAAUUAAUCUCUGAGAAGAUGCUGAUUGACCAGGGCCGUGUUUGGCUUGUUGCUUUACCUCCUUGACAAGCUCAGCCAAUCCAAUGCUUUCCUAUGGAAAAACAUUGUGAUUGGCUUUGAUCAACACUUCUUAUGAUGUCAGCCAAGAAGACCGAUCAGGAGCAGAGCCAGCAGCAGGCUGGAAUAUAAGUAAGAUUUUACUAUGUUUAGAGGGGCCAGGGGAGCUAGACUGUGUUUUUAACACUGUUGGGUCAGGAAUACAUGUUUGUGUUCCUUUAAUAUUAUUUGCUUAUUUUAGAUUGGCUGUCGUCCUGAUUUUGUUUAUCUGCUGCUGUAUUCCCCUUUUGUAAAAUUGUAGAACAAUGUGAAGUAUGUUAAUUUUUAGCAAACUAAAUCCAGCUAUUGCACUUUUCCCAGAUACUACUGCUCUGCACACACUUCUGCUUGCCUUUUCUGUUUUAACAGGCUAUCUUUCCUCAUAAAUGUGUAUAGCAAUGCUUUUGAAGUAUUUCCAACCUAGUAUGUUUUGUUAAUUUUUUUUUUUUUUGGUCAUCUUAUGUUGGCAGAUGAAUAUGUUGACCCUCACUACUGCAUAGCAAUUAGCUUUUUUUUCAUAUAGUUUUUAUACAGUGUCUCCAUUUUAAUCUUCUCUAAAUUUGCUUACUUUGCAGGAUCGCUGGACAUCCCCUUGCACAGAAUGAGCGCUGUCUGCAUAUGUUUUUGCAGGAUGAAAUCAUUGAUAGAAAUUAUGUGCCAGGCAAAGUGCGCCAAUGAGAGAUCUAGGCAUUUCCUCAGCCCUCCUUGCCCUCACAUCCCCACUGCCUGCUAAAUUACAUUUAUUUUUACACUAAGUCUCCAAUUUUACCCCAUUUCUUAGUUCCCUGGUGUCCUUAAAAAGGUCACUCUGUGUUCAAUGCCUGUCUGGGCACUCCCUCUCAGAAUGCUGCCUUUUGAGACUGCAGAUGGAAGCAUUUUAAACAAGCCUGGCUGCCAUCAAUAACCUUCCCCUGCUUGGAAUUUGGAAAGGGUGCAUCCCAAAGAUUAUUUUUUUGUUUUGUUUUUUAUUAUUUUUUUGAUCAUUGGGAUGAAGGUAAUCUGACAUGCAGGUAAUUAUCGAAACUGAAUAUUCAUACUUUUACUUUUUUUAAUAUUAUCCUUCAGCUCUAGUGAACAUUAAUUUGCACUUUGGGAGAUUAUCAUGUCAUUGGUGAAAGCACUCUUUCUCCCAAGUCCAUGACUUCUGGCCCUUUACAAAUGAAAGAAUUCUUUAACUUGCUGUACCCCAGGUUUGGGUAUAACUGAGCGAGUAUGUGAUCCCUAUAUAACUAUCAAGGUAUUUAUUUAAUAUUAUGAAUUAUACUCAAAAACCUCAUAUAUUGUAUAAGCUGCACAAUAGCACAAAAUACAUAUUCUCUGAUAUGACUAACCACUGCGUUUUAAGAAUGACCUAUCCCACAGAAACCUAAAUUUGAUCUAUAGCAUUAAUUCUGAAAUGCUUAAUACUGUGUGCCAAGAGUAGAAUGCCUGCAGAAGAUGACAAAUAUGUGAACGAUUGGACAUCAGAGUGAAUUUUUUUUUGUGGCUAGACCUGAAGAAGAGCUUGUAUUGGUUAUGUCACUGUAAAAGGAGAAGAGAGGCCUCACCAUUUGAAAUUAUGUUCAAGCUUCAGAGACAUUGUUUUUCUUCAUUUGGAGAUCUAGAAGAUGAUGUUCAAUGCCUGUAUAACACAAUAGCCUCCUGAUAUCCAUAGGCAGGGGGUGGUGGUAAUGCUCAAAUGAAGGGGUCGGUUAUUUGUGCUGAACUUCUAGUAGGUUUGGCUUUAAAGCUGCUUCUAAUAAGCCCUUGAUAUGAGAAACCUGUUUAGUUAGCUCUAGAUGAGAUUGGGAAAUUAUAUUUGUCUUUGAUCAGCUUAGGAUGCAGCAAGUUAUUGAUCAACUCAGUGUGGGAGUCAGGGGGAAUCAUGGCUCACUAGACAGGGCACUGUCUCAAGUGCACAGAAACGUUUUAUCACUUUAUAUAUAUAUAUUAUUUUUUUUUAUAUAUAUAUAUUUUGGGGGGCCCGGGGAUCUGAAUGUCUUUGCUGCCUGUGUCCUUGUGCUGGAGACCAUGUCUGUG